ACGUGGCAACACUUAAAUACUACAAUGUUUUUGUUUAUAGCAAUAGUUGUUUUUUUCUCGUCGCCAGCUUGUUGCAUAUAUUAGUGGGUGCAGAUUAUGAUUGGAGUAACUUUCACUUUACAAAUGUGUAGUCAACCAACCAAUCCGGUUAAGCAUAUGACUGUUGUGCUGUAAUAUUCGCCAAAAAGUAAUAAAGUAGCUAUUAGCGUAAAAGCUAAAAGCAAUAUCAUUUUAUUUAUUAAAUAACACAAUUAUUUAAAACUACAUGACUGCAACGUCUACAUUAAAAAGCCGCAAUGGCAAUCAAGUUAUUAACAACAACGAUGCAGAAGUGCCUACCACAAAAAGCCAUAAGAAGCUGACUAAUAGUUUUCAAAAUAGUGAUGAUUCUGCUGGAAAUAAUUCGCGUUCAAUGGUGACCUUAAUAUUUAUUUCGCUUUUGUUUGACUUACUCGCUUUUACCAUGAUCCUCCCAUUAAUGCCUUCCUUGCUCGAGCAUUACCGUCAGAAUGACAGUUCUGGUUUGUAUAACUUGCUGACGCAGCGAAUACAUUGGUUUCAGCAACUUGUUGGGGCACCAGAACGAUACACAUCGGUGUUAUAUGGUGGCUUUUUGGGAUCCAUGUUCAGUUUUUUACAAUUUGUAGCUAGUCCCAUAGUUGGUGGGCUAUCUGACUAUUAUGGACGUAAGCCGCUAAUGUUACUUUGUGCGAGCGGUAUUGCGUUCUCCUACCUCCUAUGGGUAUUCUCCAGUAAUUUUGCACUUUUUGUACUAGCACGAUUUGUCGGUGGGAUCAGCAAAGGUAACAUAUCCCUUUGCAUGUCAAUUAUCACUGAUGUGUCCAGCGUUAAGACACGUGCAUUUGGUAUGGCACUUGUGGGUGUCGCUUUUUCGGUGGGCUUCAUUGCUGGCCCCACAAUUGGAGCCUUAUUUGCGCGUUCUUUAAAUAAAUCAGUAGGAUCUUGGUAUUUGGCACCUUCAUUAUGUGCCUUCGCAUUUGCUCUAUGUGAUUUAGGAAUCAUAGCAUUUGGUCUGAAGGAAACAUUACCAAAGGAGAAACGUGUUAAAGAGAUAUCAUCGGCGAUGUCAUAUGCAAUUCAAUUACUGGACGUGCGGUCAAUAUUCAAAUUCUCUGCAAUUAAGAAAGUAUCCAAAGCCGAAAUAUUAGCACUACGUAAAAUAGGACUAAUUUACUUCUUAUACCUAUUUCUGUAUUCCGGUUUGGAAUUCACUGUUACAUUCCUAAUGUAUCACAAGUUCGGCUACAAUUCUAUGGAGCAAGCAAAAAUGUUUCUUAUGACAGGUAUUGUAAUGGCCAUUCUGCAAGGAGGGGUUGUUCGGAGGCUACCUCCUCAUGCGACAAAGCCUUGUGCUGUAUUUAGUUUGUAUCUUAUUGUACCUGCAUUUAUAUUAGUUGGGUUUGCGAAAGAUGGACGUUUGUUAUAUGCAGGCAUGUUUCUAUUUGCAGUUUCCACAGCCUUUGCUGUUACCUGCUUAACCACAUUGGUUUCGCGCUAUGGGAAUGCCGAUCAAAAAGGCUCGGUGCUCGGAAUUUUCCGUUCUUUGGGUGCCUUGGCACGUGCCAUUGGUCCUGUUGUUGGUUGUAUUUCAUUUUGGAGUUUUGGUUCGCGAUUAACUUAUAUUACUGGUGGCCUUUUAUUACUGGGCCCAGCAUAUAUUUUACAAAAAUCGAAGUUUUCAUAAUUUAGAUAUAAUGAAACAAAAAUUUAAAGUAUUUGAACAUACUGGUCGUAAAAUUCACAGUAAUGUAUUGUGUAUUAUGAAAUUCUCUAUACUUAUUAUGUUUUUAUACCAUUUUAGUAUUUAACAAUAAAGUGCUAUCGAAUAGAGCUUAAAAUUGAUUAAAUGUUUUGUGCUUAGUUUUGAUACAAAAUUAAGCUAAUUUUUCAAAGCUAUAUGCUAUUAUUUUUUUAGUUAUAGUAAGAUUAACAUUGUAAAAUAAAUGAAUUUUCAAUAAAAAUGUAUGAAUAUAUGUUUAUAAGUAAAAAUCGAUAUCAUACUACGUAGUUUCCAAAGACCCGUACACGGAUUAAAGCCAGCUUACAACAUUUCAAUAUAAACUGGUCUAAUGAUUAGAAAUAGCAAGCCAUUUUCUUCUCACCGUCCAUCACUUACCAUUUGUAUUUGUCAAAACGGUUUAAGUAAUAUUAAAGCUCAAUUGGAUUAUGGCAAUUAUAAUUUUAUUGUAAAGAUAAAAAUGUAAUUGAUUCAUAGUUAUUUAUGAAGAUAAAUACCAAAUAAUUUUAAACAAAUUUUAAGUAACGUUCAAUAAAGUUGGAGAUGUUCCGAAUAUAUUGUAGUAGAAAGGAAAAGUAAUAGCGUAAAUUUUCUUUUUACAUUUUAAAUUUCGCCUUCGUCACACGCCAUAUUUAAUUUUGAACGGCACUCGAGCAGAGAAGAAAAUAUUUCCUUGUGUCGUCGUCGUAGUUGUCGCAUAAAAAGGUCACCCAAUUGCAUAGUAAAGGCAAAACGAUAGGAGGGAGCUUCACCGAAAACGGUUGAAAAAACAAUUCACAGCCAACCAUGGGUAGCAGAGAGGAUGAAUACGAUUAUUUAUUUAAAGUUAAUUAUAUUUAAUUUGUGUGAAAUCAUCAUGUAAAGAUGGAUCAAUACCGAGCGAUGGCGUAGCUCAUGUGAAAUUGGUCGGUGCUAGUCCAACUUUUGAUUGUUUCAAUUGAACAGCCUCCAAAUUUAGUGCCUAAUGUGUAGAGAGGGAUACACUUAAAAUACCGAAGUUCAAAAUGCGGACACAUCAAAAUUUAAAUCAUCUAAAUAAAUCAAAAUACCGAAAAACCAAAACGCCGACAAACCAAAAUGCCGACAUGUGAAGAAUAUUUUACCUUAUCCGCCCUUAUUUCUAUCGAAGCACAGAAAAAGAAUUCUACUGACUAAGGGUUAUGAUCCUGAGCGUGUUCGUGGUCGGAGGCUCAAGUCCGCAGGGCCUCGAACGAACAACGCCUCUUUUUCUUGAUUUGUCGUUAUUAUGAUUAGUCGGUGUUUUGAUAUUUCGGUAGUUUGAUUGUCGGUAGUUUGAUUGUCGGCAUUACGUUAUACACCCGUGUAAAACAUAGAUUUAUCUUAAUCUUGCCCCUAAAUCGAUGGUUAAUAAUAGUCAGCUGCAAUAACUACCAUUGUCACUACUUUUACCACACGCAUCCAAGCAAAACCAGACGUCCAACUUUAAUCGGCAUUCAAUUGCAUGCGGUAACAUAUUCUGCUUUGUACAAACACGUUUGCUUUGCUAUCGAUAUUGGAUAAUUGGUUAUCUGACAUGUUGCAUAAAGUAUAGUAUUUCGGAUGCGUUAGCCGCAGUGUUAGCAGUUUCCUAUAAAUGCUUUUAGUUUUAUAUCACAUUUUAUCUCCGUAUUUUAAGUCUUACAACAAAUGAUGAAUGUUCAUGUCCAUCUAUAUUAUAUACAUAUGUAUAUAUGUACAUACAUAUGUAUAUAUAAAUAUUUUGACAUAGUGUAUUUUACUCAAAAAUUGGAACAGGCGUUUCCGAGUCUUUGGAAAUGUUUUCCCAAACUUUAAACGCGUUUUUCUCAAAGUGGUGUUUUCAAAGUCGGUGACCAACAUUACUCGAAAACUGCUUAACCGAUUAUUAACACGAGCUUCUUAAAUAUAUUUUUAUUAAUUGGUGAUUUUUUCUCAAUGAUACAUUUUUUUUUCUGUAAACAAUUUUAAGCCGAAAUUUUGGUCAAAAAGCGAUGUUUUUAGAAAACGCCAUUUUGUCAAAAAAAAAUGCAUAUUUCUUGUUUCUUCGAUUAAUUACCAGAUUUAACAUUAUUUUAACGAAAUCUGUUUGGUUUUUUAAUUUCAGAGGAUCCAGUUCGGAGAUAUAGUGGUCACCCCAAAACUACGUUUUACAAAAAUCGAAGCUUUCAUAAUUUAAAUACAAUGAAAUAAAAAUUUAAAUUUAGUGAGCGUAAAACUAUCAGUAAUGAAGUGUGUAUUACGAAAUACUCUAUACUUAUUAUGUUUUUAUAUUAUUUAAGUAUUUAACAAUAAAUUUCUAUCGAAUAUUA